CUUCAGGCAUGGAAAAAUUAAUUACUCCUCUGUGAGGACAUCAGAUUUUCCUACAGCAUUUCAUUCUGAAGCACUUUUCCAAAUAGGGCCUGCAGCGAUGUCAGAGAGGAAGCCCAAAAACUCAGACACACGUCCCAAGAAUCUGCGGAGCUGGAGCGCUGAUAGUUACAUCCGCAGUAUUAAAAAACGCUCCCAUGGGUCACGCCAUGAGACAGCGCCCAGAGGGGAAGAGGGGGAAGGAAUUGACGACCAGACCGUACGCUCUGCUUCUUGUCCCCGGAGACGUCGAGAGCGAAAAUGCAGCUGCACAGUCCCUGGAGAACCAGAUUUGGAUUCUCCUUGCAGGAAAGCCCUGUCCCGCCGGUCUCUGAGGCAGAAGUUUCAGGACGCCGUUGGCCAGUGUCUCCCUCUUCGCAAUCACCACCACCAUCACCACCAGUCCGGUUCCUCACGUCCAUUCUCUGUCCUUCUUUGGUCCAAACGGAAGAUUCAUGUGUCUGAGCUCAUGGAGGACAAGUGUCCGUUCUCUCCGAAAUCCGAACUGGCUCAGUGUUGGCAUCUGAUCAAGAAACAUGGCACUCAUACCAAACCUUCUUUAAGCAUUGAAACUGAACCCAAAUGUCCCUUGUUAUCCUCCUCUCCUCCAACGCUCAUUUCAUGGGAGGAGAUCAGCUCUACUGGGGCUUCUAGUCUGGAUGACUGGGAUCCAUCUUUUGCACAUGGAGACGCCCAGUGCUGCGCCCAUACUGACUACAUCCUGGUUCCUGAUCUGCUUCAAAUCAACAACAGCCCUUGUUAUUGGGGUGUCCUGGAUCGUUUCGAAGCUGAGCAACUAUUGGAAGGGCAACCAGAGGGGACCUUUCUGCUCCGAGACUCUGCCCAGGAUGAAUACCUCUUCUCGGUUAGCUUCAGACGCUAUAGCCGCUCCCUCCAUGCUCGAAUAGAGCAAAACGGGAAGCGCUUUAGCUUUGAUGGCCGUGACCCUUGUAUGUACAGAGAUCCCAGUGUCACGGGCCUGUUGAGGCACUACAGUGACCCGGCCACAUGCCUGUUUUUUGAGCCUCUUCUCUCUCGCCCACUACAUAGGAACUUUCCUUUCUCUCUGCAGCACAUGUGCAGAGCAGUCAUCUGUAGCUGUACAACAUAUCAGAGCAUUGACACCUUGCCUUUACCCUACAGUUUGAGACUCUUCCUUAGGCAAUACCACUAUAGAUGCAAUGGAGCUUGUGCUGUUUAAAAACAGAAAUGAGACAAAACUACACGUUGCUACAGAUUGAAAGGCACAACAAAUGUAUUCCACACAACAUGGUGGACGUAGUUAUCAUACAGCACAAAAACAGAUUAUGUUUCUAACAUAAUCUUGUGAAAACCAAAGAUAUGCAGGACAUUGCUUCACAUUUCUAUACUAUUAAGUGUUCUUUUGCAAGUUCUCUAUAUGAAUUUGAUUAGUCUUUUUUCUUGUUUUGUAUUUCUCAUCUGUUAAUACACUUUAUUUACAUCUGUAUGCAAUAUAAAGUUCUGUGCCCUAGAUGUUCAUGAUGAAACAGAAAAUUUAUUGGACCCUUUUCACAUUUCCGGUGUUCUUAGAAGCGAAAGCCGUCAUAGUCGGUUAAACUUAAGCAACGACUAAAGUCAAGAUCGUUUAAGAAUGCAUAUUGAGAAAUGCAGCCAGA